GCGCUCGGAAAUUGUCGUCAUUUUCGGAACGGCCUCCCGGACUUUACCCUUUAGAAAAUUGUACAGUGUUUCCGGCUCUUUUCAGUCGCGGACGCUCGUAACUUUUCGGCAGUUUCCGGGAAGACUCGGGGACUCCGCGCCUAGCUCACUCUCUUCCGAUCGCCUGGCGCGGUGGGCCAGGGGCUUCGGCUAGUCAUGGCGUCCCCGUCUCGGAGGCUGCAGACCAAACCGGUGAUCACUUGUUUCAAGAGCGUCCUCUUGAUCUACACAUUCAUCUUCUGGAUCACCGGUGUAAUCCUUCUUGCCGUUGGCAUUUGGGGCAAGGUGAGCCUAGAGAAUUAUUUUUCCCUUUUAAAUGAGAAGGCCACCAAUGUCCCCUUCGUGCUCAUUGGCACUGGCACUGUCAUCAUUCUAUUGGGCACCUUCGGUUGUUUUGCUACCUGCCGAGCUUCUGCAUGGAUGCUAAAACUGUAUGCAAUGUUUCUGACUCUUAUUUUUUUGGUCGAACUGGUCGCCGCCAUCGUAGGAUUUGUUUUCAGACAUGAGAUUAAGAACAGCUUUAAGAAUAAUUAUGAGAAAGCGUUAAAACAAUAUAAUGCUACGGGAGAUUAUAGAAGCGAUGCAGUAGACAAGAUCCAAACUACAUUGCAUUGUUGUGGUGUCACCGACUAUAGAGAUUGGAAGGAUACUAAUUAUUAUUCAGAGAAAGGAUUUCCCAAGAGCUGCUGUAAACUUGAAGGUUGUUCUCCUCAGAGAGAUGCAGAUAAAGUAAACAAUGAAGGUUGUUUCAUAAAGGUGAUGACCAUUAUAGAGUCAGAAAUGGGAGUUGUUGCGGGAAUUUCCUUUGGAGUUGCUUGCUUCCAGCUGAUCGGAAUCUUUCUAGCCUACUGCCUCUCUCGUGCCAUAACAAAUAACCAGUAUGAGAUAGUGUAACAUGGGCCUAUUCCUCUCCAACUUUAAGGAUGUUAACAUACCUAUACCCCACCCUGUGAAUUACAAGAUUGCCUGGAUGGAAGACCUGCAUUACUUAUCAAUAGGUUGAAAAACUACAUCAAUAGUCUGAUUCGAUCAAGACAUUUGCUUGAUAUGUUCGAAGUCCACCUUUUGUCCCAUUCAUGUUAGAUCAUCGAAAUCCCCAUAUCACCCCGAAACACUGGAAGAGCUUAGUAAAUUGUAAAUGAAGCAA